UCAAAAUAGAGUGUAUACCCGGCAUAAUUGACGGUCGUGUUGUUGCAAUUGAUGCUCCAAAACUAGAGUGUCUAACUCUCACUGAACACGUGUCUGACAGCUUCAUAAUACACAGUAUUGGUCCCUCUGAAACGGUACACAUUGAUGUUCUCUUUGGUGUGGAAAAUGGUGACCCGCUGGAGCCAGUUGAUUCUUCCAAGGUAACUGUAACGCCCCGACCCGUCCACGGCUAAUGGGCUAUCCACGCCCGCUCUCUCGGCCCGUGGUUCCAUCCCGUCUGACGGUCGGUCCGUUAAUUUUCAAAGGCUCGAAAUCACUGUUUACUGACCCUGCAAUCACCACCCGACCUUUUCUCAUGCUUUGGCCUCACUCGCACGCUAUCGCGAAUUACUUCCCGAUAGGUCACCCAUCCUUCCACUACUCCAGCUCAAUCACGCUUAACUCUAGAGUUCUUUCAAGAUGUGUUCCGGAAAAGGUAAGUCAACUUUGGUAACAUAGGUAGCCAAAUCAAUUCUCUUAAGCCUUUCUAUAUAUCACAACUCGGGAUGUUUACAGUAACUAUGCUCCGUAAAUUUCUCACCGGGUUAUCGACAGUCAGCCAAAUGUCCAUCUCUGCUGCUACUCUAAAUGUAUGUAUAAUACAUGGUUGAUUCAAUAGCACAAUUUUGUUAAUCACAUUUCUUAGUAAACUCAUGCUUUUUUUUUUAAUUUCCUCCCUCCACGUACAGGUUAUUCAUGGUUACUGUGAAAUGGAACAGUUACCUCAGUUCUCCAACUUGUCUUACUUGCAUGCUUGCUUUGAAGACACUAAGUGGGAGAUGUUGCCUUAUUUACUUCAGAGUUGCCCAAAUCUAUGCUUUGUCGUCUUGGUGCUGUCUUAUAUACUCAUGAUCUCGUGCAAACCACACUGAGAUUUAUUGUGAUAACUCUGACUCAAAAUUUUUCCUCGUUAUAUUUUUUUUCCAGGAAUUUGAUCUUCCAGAGACGGAGUAGGUUGAUCUUACGUUACUGCCACAAUGUUUCCAAUCAUAUCUCGAGUUUGUUUACCUAAAGACACCUUACCUUGUAAGCAGAAAAAAGAAAGGGAGAGAACUUGUGCGCACAUCAAGUAGGAGGAAUUUAGCAAUAUACUUCCUAGAGAAUGUUGCAGCUCUUAAGAAACUGACUUUAAGCCGGAGUUUCGGUGACGUGAUCUACCAAAUCAGAUCGAUUCCAAGACGCUCUAUGUGGUGUGAAGUUGUCAUAGGAUAGUCGAGCCAGCUUUGUGUUCUUAGGUUAUCGCCCUCGUUGUGCUUUUGUUAAAUUCACCUUUUUCUUUCCAAAAACAUCUUUUAUUGGCGAUGGAAGUGACGAUUAAGGCUUUAUUUGGAUCAUGGGGGUGUUUUAUCAAAACGUUAAUCUCUGGUUAAAUGUUCCAGCACUGAACAUAAAUUCCAUAGAAUUAUCAGGUGAUGAUGUCUUUUUGAGUUUCGUGGAUAGGUUAACAUGAUGCAUCUCGUUUCAAGUCCAGGAUGGAUGCCGUCUUAAUUUUCAUAUUCUUAGUUUUAGUGUUCCUUAUGAGGAUGAGUUAGUUAAGAUUCCUCCACUUUUCUAUUCCUGUGAGUGAUUGGUGAUUUAAAGAUGAUCCCAGUUGUCCACAAUUUGCAAGAGGGCCACGAAGUUGAAGUUGUUGAUAUCGUGCGCCACCUUUUAAGGGCAAAUCCUCGCUUGAUGUGAUCCCAUAGGUCUUUUGCUACUUCUUUGUGGAAGAUAUUGGAUCUGAGUUUUGGCUUGAUGGUCUGUUUGAUCCAUGUAAGUGAUUAUUAGCUAGCCAAUCUUCAAUGUCCGGUGUUUCCGUAUGCUUCCAUCGCUGAAAUUCAAAUUUCUUUCGAGUCCUGCCUCAAAGUUACACGUAAGUUCUGAGUCCAUUCUUCGUAAUUUCGUCCGUUGAAUAAUGGCUGAGAUAUGAUCGGAGCCAGGGUUAUCAAUCACUGACAAAUCGGUUUGAAGUUGUCGUUGCAAGAGGAAGGUUUGCCAUUGUCUGAGAUUGUGGAGAGAGUCUAGAUUCUGAAAGUUAAAAUCGCAAGUUUGAUAUCGAAUUUCGAUGUCGUGGACAUACAAAAUUUCCUAAUAUUAUGAAGAGGAAAAUACAACAAUAAUGGAAAUAUUCUUAAAAUCUAAUAGCAACUUCGUUUAGGAUAUGCUUAUAUCCCGUAAUAUCGACUCGACUAUGUUUAAAAUCAAACGAAUCUCCGUGCAGAGCAGACCGGCGAGCUGAGGGUUUUUUUUUCAUCUUCAAGAAAAUCUGUGUGGUCCUUUGCCGGAAAGCUAACGGUCGGAAGGUAGUUUCAAUCGCUCAUCUCUGUUUGACUUUUUUAAUCCAUGGAGAUCACUUUCGGCUAACUUUGCGAUUGCUGAUUUACAUGUUAAAUCUCAGACUUAGGCAUUAGACAUGGACGGUGAAACCGCUGUCAACGAGAAUCAAAGGGACUCGGAUAGUUUAAGCAAUCUGCCUGAUUCCUUGCUGUGCAAGAUACUCUCUGACAUCCCUACCAAGGAAUCAGUUUGCACCAGCGUUUUGUCUAAACGAUGGAGAAAUCUCUGGUUAGAUGUUCCAGCACUGGACUUAAAUUCCAGAGAAUUCCAAGAUCAAGAUGUCUUUGUGAGUUUCAUGGAUAGGUUUGUGUGUUCUGAAGAUAAGCACCACUUGGAGAUAUUCAAGCUGAAAUAUCAGGUGUACUAUCUUGAUACAUCUCGUUUUAAGUCUUGGGUGGCCAGGCGUAGGGUUCAUCGUUUUAAUGCAUCUGGUUUGAAGUCUUGGAUGGAUGAUGUGGCCAGUAGUAGGGUUCGUCAUCUUGAUACAUCUCGUUUUAAGUAUUGGAUCGAUGCUGUGUCCAGGCGUAGGGUUCGUCAUCUUGAUGUUCGUAAUGAGUUGGAUAAUGGGAUACUUAAGAUGCCUCCGUCUCUCUAUUCGUGUGAGAGAUUGGUGAACUUAGAUCUCUACCACGUGUCCUUGGAUCAUCCUGAAUCUGUAUCAUUGCCUUGUGUUAAGAUUAUGCAUCUAGAGAUGGUCAGGUACGAUGACGAUUCGACUCUGGAAACUUUGAUAUCUAGCUGUCCUGUUCUCGAGGAGUUAACCAUAUCCCGCGAUCCUUACAGUGAUUUUCUGGUGGCUGUGCGUGUGCAUUCCCAUUCGCUAAAAAGCUUCAAAAUAGUUUGUGAGCGUUGGGUAAGUGACGGUCAUGUUGUUGAAAUUGAUGCUCCAAGACUUGAGCGUAUGACUCUGAGUGAUCACAUCUCUGAGAACUUCAUAAUACACAGUAUUGGUCCCUCUGCAAAGGUACAAAUUGAUGUUCUCUUUGGUGAGGAAAAUGGUGAGCCGCUGGAGCCGGUUGAUUCUUCCAAGAUUACUAUGCUCCGUAAAUUUCUCACCGGGUUAUCGACAGUUAGCGACAUGAUCAUCUCUGCUGCUACCCUGAAUGUUAUUGAUGGUUACUGUGAAAUGGAACAGCUACCUCAGUUCGCCAACUUGUCUUACUUGCAUGCUUCCUUUCAUGAAACUUCGUGGAAGAUGUUACCAACCUUCCUCAAGAGUUGCCCAAAUCUACAUUCCGUCUUCCUGAAAUAUGAGCUUCUUUCAGAGACGGAGCAGGUUGGUCUUUCAUCAGUGCCACAAUGUUUCCAGUCAUCUCUUGAGUUUGUUCGUUUAGAGACACAUGGUGGUGUACUCAGGGGAACAUCAAGUAAGAUUAAAUUAGCAAAGUACUUCCUAGAGAAUGCUGCAGCUCUCAGGAAACUGACUCUAAGUUCGAGCUUUUGUAACAUCAUCGACGAGAUCAAAUCGAUUCCAAGAAGCUCUACAGGGUGUAAAGUUGUCAUGAAAGAUUGAUUGAGCCACAGAUUUGUGUGUGUUUACGGUAUUGCCCUCGUCGUGCUUUAUUAAAGUUCACCUUUUUCUUUCUUUAUUUCGUGAUGUACGUUGUUUAUCUUUUCGUUUUUCAAGUUGGAGGAAUAUACUACCUUACAAACCAUUAGGAAUAUCACUUUCUGUCUAAAAUACAGUGACAGAGAGGGUGAAAAACAUUACAAUUAACGGACUGUAAUUUGAUCCACAGUCAGCCAUAUAACCUAAGAGCCUAAGACCAUCAUUAUCGGUGAAAUCUUUUUUGUGUUUCUUAAAUUUUUUUUUUCUGUUUUGGCUGAUUUUAUAAAAAAUUAAAUAAGGAAUCAAUCGCGGACCGCUAUGUGUUAGUAGGAUCCGUGAACAGUUAAAAAAAAACAGAACAAAGUUGGUUCUUAACUCAUGCAUUUUGUGACCGACUCUUAGCAAAUUUGUGGGGGCCACUACCUCUUUUAGUGUAAAAACCCUCUAAGAAACUAGGGAUAAUUAUGCUCUAAGAUUGGUCUGUUGAUGAUCUGUUACGCCUGUUUACUUUCGUAGUGUUAUGGUUUUAAACUUGACGUUGAAUGCCACGUGGACGACGUAUAAUAAAAUAAUCAUUGUAUUAAACAAAGGUUGUAAUAAAUGCCGCUUAUCAAUUAGUGUCCGUGUUUAAAUCAAGCGUGCAGACUAUUUCGCAGGCGAACUAAGAGCAACUCCAAUGGUGUUACCCACCAUUGGAAUCCUUAGCAAUAUAAUAAUGUUUUUUUUUUUUUUUGAAUAGUUAAGAACUCUAAUCAUAAUUAUAGGUUCAAUGGUGUUAUCCAAUAUGAAAUCCUUAGAUAUA